AUGGUAGAUAGCAAACGAUCAGUGCCAACUGCACCCACAGUGCACUGUUUACAGCCUUUCUGUAUCGAAUCAUAUUCAGUGGAACUGGACACUUUUUCCUAUGAUUCCGUUCUGUGGACCAAUAAGGAUACUUUUAACCUUCCCGGAGGAAAAACUGGGCUCGACACACAAGAAACUAAGCUACCAACUUACUGGGAGAAACCUUUCUCUAAGAUCUGCCUUGGUAUGAGGAUCGGAAGUCACACCAAUUUCAUAGUCAUUCACAUGGAGGCACCUUCCCUUUAUUCACUUAUCGCUGACGGGCAGUAUCGUGCCAUCUCGCUUGGUCGUGAUAAAUGGAAGUCGUUGAUUGGUGCAGACGCAUCCCUGCAGCUUAACUGCAACAAAGAGGGUUUCAAUUCACAGGGCUAUCCCAGAAACUCGAAAGCAAGGAUUGGUAUUAUUGGUAACGAGCAAUCUAACUGUGGAAGCACUGAUUCCAGAAUCGGUUUUGGUACAGGAGGCAACCCUGGCAAAUCAAUCACGUGUGGCAAUGUGGCUAGUUAUGGACCAGAUAAUGGAAACAGAUAUAUUAAGGCAAUGGGAUAUAUCAUGGUACAGUGACAAGGAAACUGGUACAAUAAAUACUUUAAAAAUUUCUUAUUUCUCAGUACAGCUACAAAUCGUCUAUUGAAGACCACUUUUGUGGCAAAAUUGUUUCAACACAAAGUAAUCACCAAUGAAAAGCAAAGGUGAGAGGGAGAACUGCAUAAAUACAUUCCCCACAUAACUUAAAAUGGAAAAAAAUGAUAACAAGUUGGAAUGGUAUGAUCAUCCAUCUCAAGAGCUCGUUAUUUCCCCCAUAUUUCAAAGGUUGCGUAAGUGUACAAACCAUGUUGGAUUGUUUGAACAGCGGCAGUUACUCAUAAAGAAAUAGCUCACUCGUUUGCACCCCAUUCCUGUUAAUUUCAAUGAGUUGUCCACACGUUUUUCCUCAAGUAAAACAAUAUAGACCACCAUG